CGUGCGCCGGCAGUAUGGGAGCCAGGGUGACCCGCGUGCUUAGCAAGUUCAACCUGGAGAAUCGGGCGCACCAGGAAAUCGCCAAAGCCAAACCUACCCCUGCCCCACGCCACCCCACUACAGCCGUGCAGGACAAUACUGGCAGAUUCCAAGAAGAGAUCAAGCAAAAAGAUGAAUAUCUUCAUACCUUAUUAAAAGAAGUCUAUGUUGAUUCCAGAGACCCGACUAUGCAUGUAAACAAAGGAACAAAAAAGAAAGCUGAACACAGAAUUUCAAAGAUAGCAGGUUUGGGUCACUUGGAUAUUCAGACUGUUCCCAAAGGCAAGAUCUCAAUUGCUGAAGCCUUGUUUCUUCUCAGUAAUCAUCAGCGCUCUCCGCAGACAUGGACUGAACAGAAAAUAGCAGAGGAAUAUUCUUUAGAAUUGAAGGAUGUGGCCGAUCUCUUAACAUACUUCAUUCCUUUUGCCAUGGAAAUCUUUCCUCCUGUAGACAAAAAAGCCGUAAAACCUAGGUAAAAAAGGAUGGACAUUCCAAGUGCUUUCUGUAAACUUCACAUCUAAUCCACCACCAUGAAAUGUGUCUAAUUCAACUGGCAUCUACAUUUUAUCAUUUCCACAUUCACAACCGAUUGUGGGCAUGCUGUUACGAAGCGGGCGACGGUUCUUGGCAAAAUUUAUGAAGGCUGCCUAAGUAUUCUGAGAAUAUUGGCAAGGUGCAGCAAGAUCUGUUCUGAAGUAAUUAUUUGUUUUGACCAACUCAAAAAAUUGUAUUUUUAGGGCUGCUUGUUUCAGCUACACAGACGCAUAUGUCCUAAUAGCAUUCUGUAAAUAGUUUUAAUUAAAGCAAAACAAGGUUGCACUAUGUGUGUGUUUUCCUAAGAAAUGUGGCCGGAGGGAAUGCUAUUUGGUUCCUAGAGGGGCAAAAUAACAAAUGGGGAAAUGAGAGUUAUGGGCAUAGGCAUUUUAAAAAUGUUAAUACAAUGAUGAAUAUUUGAAACAAAUGGCAGUUGAGCUGAGUACAAUUUUGCUUAAUUGUAGCGGCAUGCUGGAUGUAUCCCUGGCUAGUCAAGCCUUUGAGAAUUGUUACUGUCCCCAUUUCAUUCAUGCUUUAUAAUUAUUGGUGUCAUGCCCAAGAAGAACUGAACCUGAAACUGUUUUGUUUCUGUUUUGAUUCUCUGAACUAAAAUAUAUAUUAAUGCAGAUUUAGCUGUUCUAGUUCAAGUUCUGUUGUCUUGCACUGUGUUUGGCUACAGCUUACAGGCAAACCAUUCCUACUGAUGGGGACAGAGGAAAUCCAGAGGUGGAGGGACUGCUUGAUCCUAAACCCUGCUGUUAUUGUGCCAGCAGAGGAAAAGGGACUGAGCAGCAUUCUGUCUCUUCCUGUCCAGCUCUGCUGUUUUUCUUAUUUUAUUUUUAUACUUUGCCCUCAAAUGUUGCUAUGGGAGAAAAAUGAUAUAUGGUGGCUUCAGAACUGGCAUCCAUUUUCCCAAGUCCAAAGAUAUAUUGAGAGAAUUCCUCCACCUUACUGGAAGUCUUCCUUUUUGUCUCAGCUGACAUGAGGGCUGCAAGAGCCAAUGAUGUUUCUGUGGUUGUGUUGUUGGGCCUCUCUACCAUUAGACAGGGAAAUCCAAAACAUCUGAGGUCUCUGGGAUGCUUUCCCAGGCAGCAUAGGAUUGUAUCAAAAAGGGUUUUCUCACACACCAUGAAACUCCCCCACUCGGGGGACAUGUUUUUCCUUAGAUGAGAAGAAGAGGGUCCCCAACUCCUUAAUCAAUUAUGGGCAGGGAAUCCUGAAUAGUACAGUCUGACAUGCAUUCAGGUGUUAAUAAAAAUCUGUUGAAAUUUCCUUUGUGCAAAUGUGCCAAUGAUACACUUAGCUUCGUUUAGAUUUGUCUUUAAUCAAAACAUCUAAUCCAUCUCUUUGUAUUCUAUGAGAAACUGUUAGACACAAUCAGAUACCAUAUUAACAGGAGAACAGACUCGUACUCUGGUCUAGUUUAAAAACUGUUACUGGUAAAAAAGCAAGCUCUUAAAGCUGUCUUUCCUUAGAUUUGAAUUAAUCUGAUUAUACUGGGGAUGCUAGAAGAUGGAAUGAGCCCUCCUGUAGCUCUCUGAGUGAUUUCAAGGUAAUUAAGUGUUUCUGCGUCAUAAUUGUUCAGUAACAGUAUGACAUUUUUCAUCUAGAUUAGGUUGCUGAAAUGAAAGCUCAUGGUAGGUAAGACAAGUCUUUUAUAUGAAAGGACUGUGAGCUUCUGGUACUAAGAAGGAAUUUCUGGGUUAAAAAUGUGCUAAAAGGCACCCUGUUCUUUUAAUUGUGUGUGCAUUCUGGUUGUUGUUGGAUCUCACACUUUUAGUAGGAAAAAAAACUGCACUCCAAUAUAGACGUUCUAAAUUUUGAAUGGAAAAAAACCCUAGUAUGACCAACAUUGACUUUCUCGGUAAUAAGACAUUGGCCAUUAAACCAGGAAAUAUUUAUGUAGGCCUGAGGGCUUCUAUUUGAUUUAAAAAGUAGUGUUGCUGUUUGUUGUGUUGAAAAGCAUGCCCAAAGCCCUGCUAAUGCUGUAGAGCUAAUUGUACAUUUGUUUGUUUUUUUAACCACAGGAGUGGAAUGUGGCUAUUGGAGAAUAAGCUAUCUUUAUAAAGUCACCUCUUCCAAAUCAUUUAUUUGGUCAUUUAGUAAAGAUGUAUCAAUGCUCAGCA